UCUUUCCAUCCUAAACUAAUUCUCUCCCUCUCUCUCUCUCUCUAAAAAUGUCUGGUCGUGGAAAAGGCGGCAAGGGUUUAGGAAAAGGAGGAGCAAAACGUCACCGGAAAGUUCUCCGAGACAACAUUCAAGGAAUAACAAAACCUGCAAUUCGUCGUCUUGCUCGUAGAGGAGGUGUUAAAAGAAUCAGCGGUCUAAUCUACGAAGAAACUCGCGGCGUUCUCAAGAUCUUCCUCGAAAACGUCAUUCGCGACGCCGUCACUUACACCGAACAUGCUCGUCGGAAAACUGUUACCGCCAUGGAUGUCGUUUAUGCUCUUAAAAGACAAGGAAGAACACUCUAUGGUUUUGGAGGAUAAAAUUAUAAUCUAAUGUUUUCAUAAAAAGAUUGCAUUUAUCAAAUAAAAGUGUUUGUUUUUAACGUUGUUCAAGAUA